ACAGACUAACAUGAAAAAGGCAAAAAUAUGACUCAAUUUGACAAAGAUUUCCAUUUUCCCCAAAAUACCCAAUUUGUGAAGAAAGAAAAAAGUUUUAUCACUGACUAAAAAACAAAGAACUCUCUCUCCAUCUCUCUCUCUUCAACUUUUAAUGGCGAAUGAUGCCACCAAAGCAUAAAGCUCCAUUACAGGCCUCUUCUUUAACUAACUUCUCUUUCUCAGAAAAGUCUAGGGUUUGAGAAUUCACUGCUCUUUUAUUGCUACCUCCUUGGACUCCAGAGCUUUUAAAUUUUUAUGGUGGUAUUUAUAUCUCAUUAAUCUACAGCUGCUUUCUGGAUUCGAGCUGCUGAUUGGACGGUUGACGCAGUUCUACAAGCUUUCUGAUUCAAUUUUUUUGCAGCAUUCCCAAUGUACUGGAAGCUUGAUGUGGAAGGAUGGAAAUUAUUUAAGACACUAAAAUUAUAGUAUCGGGGAAUUUGUACCUGAGUUUUGGCAACAAAAGAGGAGUCGAGGUAGAUGGAAGCUGCUAGGCGUUGGUGCGCGAAGUUCCAUUCAAAGGAGAAGCAUAAGACUUCAAACAAGAAGUCUGAGCCAAGGCCUAAUGGAAAAGAAGGUUUGAAGGCACAAUUGAAUGAGGAAACGCCUUCAAAUGCAACUAAACAGAAGGCAGCUGCAGCCAAGCAGUAUAUUGAAAAGCAUUACAAGGAACAAAUGAAGAGCUUGCAGGAAAGGAGGGAGCGACGUAAUAUGCUUGAGAAGAAACUAGCUGAUGCUGACGUCUCUGCGGAAGAGCAAAACAACAUUUUGAAGUACUUAGAGAAGAAGGAAACAGAAUAUAUGCGCCUUCAGAGGCAUAAAAUGGGUGCUGAUGAUUUUGAGCCAUUAACCAUGAUUGGAAAGGGUGCAUUUGGGGAGGUUAGAAUCUGCAGGGAGAAGAAAACUGGCCAUGUUUAUGCCAUGAAAAAGCUUAAGAAAUCAGAGAUGCUUCGUAGGGGUCAGGUUGAGCAUGUAAAAGCAGAAAGGAAUUUACUAGCGGAAGUUGACAGCAAUUGCAUUGUCAAACUUUAUUGUUCUUUCCAAGAUGAAGAGUAUCUAUAUCUAAUUAUGGAAUACCUUCCUGGUGGAGAUGUGAUGACUCUACUGAUGCGUAAAGAUACAUUAACAGAAGAUGAAGCCAAAUUUUAUGUAGGAGAAACAGUUCUUGCAAUUGAAUCUAUCCACAAACACAAUUACAUUCAUAGGGAUAUCAAGCCUGAUAACUUGCUUCUUGAUAAAAAUGGUCACAUGAAGUUGUCUGAUUUUGGAUUGUGCAAACCACUGGAUUGCAGUAAUAUUCAAGAAAAGGAUUUUACUGUAGGAAACAACUAUAGUGGGGCUCUUCAAAGUGAUGGGCGUCCAGCAGCACCUAAGCGCACUCAACAGGAGCAACUGCAGCACUGGCAGCGGAACAGGAGGAUGCUUGCCUAUUCAACUGUUGGUACACCUGAUUAUAUUGCUCCAGAAGUUCUGCUGAAAAAAGGAUAUGCAAUGGAGUGUGAUUGGUGGUCUCUGGGGGCAAUCAUGUAUGAGAUGCUUGUUGGGUAUCCACCAUUUUAUUCUGAUGAGCCCAUGUCUACCUGUAGGAAGAUAGUUAACUGGAGAACUCAUUUGAAAUUUCCGGAAGAGGCGAAACUAUCGCCAGAAGCUAAAGAUCUUAUUUGUAAACUCUUGUGUAAUGUAGAGCAAAGGCUUGGUACAAGAGGUGCUGACGAAAUCAAGGCUCACCCAUGGUUCAAAGGCACUGAGUGGGAUAAAUUAUAUCAAAUGACUGCUGCAUUCAUUCCUGAAGUUAAUGGUGAACUGGAUACCCAAAACUUUGAAAAGUUUGAAGAGGCUGACAGUCAAGUCCCUUCAGCAGCAAAAUCAGGCCCCUGGAGGAAGAUGCUUUCAUCUAAGGACGUGAACUUCAUGGGAUACACCUACAAGAACUUUGAAAUCGUGAAUGAUCAUGAAGUCCCAGGAAUGGUUGAACUGAAGAAGAAGAACACCAAGCCUAAGAGACCUACUGUGAAGUCCCUUUUCAGUACGAUCCUCUUCCCUUCUCAGCUAGUUUAUGGAUAUCGUGAGUACAAAAUAACUAGGAAACACGAGGUUAGGCUGCCCUUACAUUUUCUUUUUAAUCAUAACAGGUGAGGAGUCGGACUCAGAAUCCACUCAAUCUUCAAAUGGAAGUUUCCUAAACCUGCUACCUUCCAAAUCAGAUACCCCAAAACAAUGCGAUAUAUAGGGCUCGAUAGCACCAGACUAAACACGUGGUGUAAAGCAUUUCUGGAUGGGUUCAUUUGGGUUGCCUUCCUUCUUCGUGUGUGCUUGAACUGUAAGUAUCCAUGACGAUGGCAGUUUUCCAGCUAUAUUUUCUUGAUUCAGCAACAGCUUGUGUAAAUCAUACCCUCAUUGUACAUAUCUCUCUUUACUGCUUCUCACAAAGGAUGAUGUAAUUCUUUUUGAAUUUUCAAGCUGUAGAAACUAAUUCAUUGUUCAUAGGAUCAAUUUGAACAAACUACAAUUUUGAGAGAAAAAAAAUGAAGCGUUGUUUGCCGCA